GCGAGCGAUGAGGAUGGAGGCCGCAGAGGCAGCACCGCCGGCGGGGGCGGGCGGCUGGGACAAGUGGGUGCGGCUCAACGUGGGGGGCACGGUGUUCCUCACCACCCGGCAGACGCUGUGCCGGGAGCAGAAGUCCUUCCUCAGCCGCCUGUGCCGGGGGGAGGAGCUGCAGUCGGACCGGGAUGAGACCGGGGCCUACCUCAUUGACCGUGACCCCACCUACUUCGGGCCCAUCCUGAACUUCCUCCGUCACGGCAAGCUGGUGUUGGACAAGGACAUGGCUGAGGAGGGGGUCCUGGAGGAGGCGGAGUUCUACAACAUCGGCCCGCUGAUCCGCAUCAUCAAAGACCGGAUGGAGGAGAAGGACUAUACCGUCACGCAGGUCCCGCCUAAGCACGUGUACCGCGUGCUACAGUGCCAGGAGGAGGAGCUCACGCAGAUGGUCUCCACUAUGUCCGACGGCUGGCGCUUCGAGCAGCUGGUGAACAUCGGCUCCUCCUACAACUACGGCAGUGAGGACCAGGCCGAGUUCCUGUGCGUCGUGUCCAAGGAGCUGUACAGCUCCCCGCACGGGCUGAGCUCCGAGUCCAGCCGCAAGACCAAGCCCGGUCAUCUCAGGAUCCCGCUAACCCUUCCUCCCUCCCACCACCGCCUCCUCCUCCGCUUCCCGCUGGAGGGCCUGCCUCAUCUUCAUCCUCCUCCUCCUCCUCCUGGAUCUCAUCUGCACCCUGCCUCUUCCCUCUCUGCUCCUGCCCCGGUCUCCUCUCCGCCUGCUCCCGCCUCCAUCCCGGGGCUGCCCUGGUCCCAGCCUCCCGCGCCCUCCACCCAGGUGCCCUGGUCCUGCACCCCAGAGCAUCCUGCCUGCUGCCUCCCGCACCCCCUCUGGCACCUCCCGCCUCCCGGCCUGGGGAGGAAGGGCGCAGCUGCACCUCCUCUGUGCCUGCCCACCCCGCCGGGCGCCUCUGAGGCUGGGCCGCUCUGCCCUGGUGGGCGCCUCACCUCCUCGCCGCCUCCUCACGUUUCCUCCUUACAGGCUCCUGUCUGCACCCCCUCAGACCUGAGGCUGCACUUGCAGGGGGUGCUUCUCCUGGCCCCUCGCCCGCCCCCAGAGCUGCCGUCCCUGGUUUGUAGCCCAGUGGAGCUGGAGGGAGGGCUGGAAGCCAGGAGGGUGCUCAUCUCCCGUUCCUUGGACUCAGCCCAACUUCCGGCAGCUCCUGCAUCGCAGCCUCAUGGCACUGGGUUCCCUGCUUCUGGGGGUGGGAAGGACAGGCCACACUUGGACUCCCUUGGCCUACGAAGAGUCAGCCAGAGCCGGCUGAGGAUCGGGGUGUGGCCGAAAAAGGCCUGGCCAGGUGCCCACAAGCCCCCACUCAAUCUUAUCCAUGUGCUGUGUGACCUUGGGCAAGUCAGUGUCCCUCUCUGGGCCACAGUUGCCUCUAAAGUGAGAACAGACAGCUGCUCUCUCUGACCUUUUACCUGAGACAGCAGCGGUGACCUGCCUCUCUUGGCCUUGAGCCCCUGGCUAGAGUCUUGGCAGGAUCUGGCCUCCUAGUUGGCCACCACCCAGCGCAGGCAUGGGGCUCCCAGAUGGGCGAGCUGGGUCCCCUUCCUGCUCCCCCUCUUCCUUGGCUCUCAAUCCACCUGCUCUGGGCCUCAGCCCCACUCCCGCCUCCCAGAAGGGACCCUGUGACUCACCUACCUCUUUCUCUCUCCCUCUCUCCCCCCGCCCAUUUCAAUCUCCUCUCUGCCCCCCUCUUGGCCCUGCACCACCCCCUCCUCACUGGCCCCACCCUCUCACCCCCUCCCUGUGUUCUGACCACCCCACCCCGACCCCCUGCCCCUCCCCUCUUAUU